GUGUGUGUGUGUGUGUGUGUGCGUGUGUGUGUGCGCGCUUGUCCUUGUGAGGGUGAACCGAGGCAGCUCGACACACCGCCGCAGACACACACCGCCGCAGGCACACAGACAUGAAUCACCUCCUGAAAGUUCCCGUCCUGGCCGUCCGAGCCUUCGGCAGCUCGGCCCGGCAGCUGAGGAACCGAGUCCCCGAGGCUCAGAAGAUCUUCCAGGCGGACAACGGCCUCCCAGUUCACCUGAAGGGAGGAGCCGUCGAUCUUCUGCUCUACCGGGCGACCAUGACAAUCACCAUGGCAGGAACAUGCUACUCUCUGUACUGGCUCUUCACGGCCUCGAUGCCUCAGAAGAAAGCCUAGAAAGCAACCGGGCUCCGUCUAUCACCUGGAGAACGAUGCUCGGCUGUCUUAUGUUUGUCGUGUAUAAUUUCCUCCGUCCUUGAGUCGCCAUGGCAACGAUGACUACGUAGGAAAACAAUAUUUGUAAUCAGCUUUUGCAGAGUUGUAAAAAAGUCCUUUAAUAAAAGUGAGAGAUUGAACGGGA